AUGGACGCGGAGAUCAUUCCCAAGUUUUCCACUAAGGACGAAGAAGUUGAUUACUGGAAGUCACAAGCCCUCAAGUAUAAGAAAAGCUGCCACGACGCUCGCGAGGAGCUGCAGGAGUUCCAAGAGGGCAGCCAAGAACUGGAGGCCGAGCUGGAAGCGCAACUGGGCCAGGCCGAACGCCGCCUGCACGAGCUGCAGAGUGAAAACGAGCGGCUGAGAAACGAGGCCGACAACCUUAAGGAGAAACUAGAGAAGCAGUACGCACAAAGCUACGAGCAGAUCUCCACUCUGGAGGAUGACCUCGGCCGGACGCGAAGCAUCAAGGAACAGCUCCACAAGUCCGUGCGCAAGCUGGAGCAAGCCAACGAUGACUUGGAGAGGGCCAAAAGGGCUACCAUCGUCUCCCUGGAGGACUUUGAGGGCCGCUUGAACCAAGCCAUUGAGAGAAACGCCUUCCUGGAGAGCGAGCUGGAUGAGAAGGAGUCGCUCUUGGUGUCGGUGCAGCGGCUCAAAGACGAAGCGCGAGACCUCCGACAGGAACUAGCGGUGCGCGAGAGGACGACGGACAGGAUGUCUGCGCCCAGCUCUCCCACUCUGGAUCCGGACAAGGCCGACUCGGCCGUGCAGGCGUCAAUUUCGCUGCCCGCCACGCCGGUGGGACAGAACGCCAAGCAUACUUUUGGCGGACCCAAAGUCAUAAAUGUCUUGUACCUCAUACCGUCAGCGCUAACCAACGGCUGCGGCAGCUCAUCUCUCACGCCUUCGGCCAGAAUGUCGGCACUCAACAUCGUGGGCGACCUGCUCAGAAAAGUCGGGGCUUUGGAGUCCAAACUGGCCGCCUGCCGGAGUUUCGCCAAAGACCAGGCGUCGAGAAAAGCGGAAAACGGCGCCGUCGUCAACGGCAACGCCGCCAAAUUCUCGCACGCCAUCCACACCACCUACUUCGACAAAAGCGGCGCCGUCAACGGACUGGACUCCAGAACCGUCUCCCCGCCGGGUUUACUACCCCUGCGCGUGUGA